CGUCGAAAAGAAUACAGCAAAGUAUCUUUGUCCCCUCAGCUCUCCAGUUCCCUCUGCUACUUUCCCUUCCCCUCCAGGAAACACAUUCGCAAAACCGCCAAGCAACUUCAAGAGUAGACCUAACCUCAUUCGAUACAAACUUUUUAUCCUUCAUUUGCUCCAGAAGCAUCAAGGAGUCCAAUACAGCAACUCGAUCAUGGAAGAAUCUGAGACAUAUCCGAAAGACUAUUACUCUCAAGAACCCAGAAGAACCACCUCAGACCCCACCUCCAGCUACUCCUCCUCCUCCACCACCAGUGUCCACGUGACAGCCCUUGAUGGCCUAGUCAAUGUUAAUUCACUCUUCACAAUAGCAGUAUUUGUGGGGCUAUCUUUAACCACCCCACACCAGCACAGCCUUGAAAAUUCAGCUUGUGAUGCCGGCAUCGAUGUGGCCAAGAAACUCCUUGUAUUUGAGGUCGUGUCCUUUAGUUUCUUCCUCUUCUCAUCCCUCAUAGCUCAAGGCCUCAAGCUAGCCAUCAAUCUUUUGAAUAGUAAAGAUGUUGAUGAGGCCUUUAGAGCCCACAUCAGUUUGAGGGUCCUGAGAUUUGGGAUGUUGGGCUCUGCAGUUGGAUCAGUAAUGGGGUGCUUGUUCUUGAUGCUUUCCAUGGUGAAUGUGAUUGAAAUAAGGCUGGGGAUGUUGUCUUGUGGGAGUAAAUCUACAGUUCAUGCUGUUACUGCUUUGAUUGUUCUGGUGUCGUCUGCUCUGUUGGUUUACAUUUCAACUGCUCUGUACGCUUUUCUGCAUUAGCUUAAGCUAGUGAGCUGUCUUUUUUUAUCUCCAAGUUUAUGACUUUAUUGUAUUUUCUGGUUAUUGUGUACUAUUCGGAUGCUUCAAGGUGUUUAAGCUUGAGGUAAUCUGUUAUUUCCAGUGCAAUUAGAAAAAAGUUUUGUUCUUUCAA